CCACCAGCGACUGAGCGCGCGACCACCCGUAGCAGCAGCAGCAGCAGCAGCGCGCGAGCGUCCCGGCUCAGAGUACCGGACCCGGAGACGCGGAUUUACCCUCAGAAUCAGCUUCAUUCGUGUCUAAUCUUCAUCCAUGCGAUUCUUCAGGCUUACCUUCAAGUGCUUCGUCGACUGUUUCUGAGAGCCGGACUGCCCGCUGCUCGCGACGCGCCCAGAAUAUUCCUCCUGAACUUUACCUCCUGCGGAACAUUAUCUCUAUAAAUUCAUCACUUCAGUUUAUCUCCUCAGCGGCCCCGAAACCGGACUGAGAAAGAGCGCGGGGCUUUAAACGCUCGCGGAGCCUCGAGCCGCUGCCUGUGAAUCAGGCUAGCCGCGCUGCUAGCCGCUCAGCUCAGCAUGACGCCGGAGCGCGGAGACCCGGACCACAAGAAUGGAAAGAUGUUUGGGGAGGAAGCAGAGGAGCAGUUGGAGGUGGAGUACCCCCUUAUGGCGGCAGGUGGAGGUUGUAAUGGUGAGGCGUGUGAGCUGAGUCCGGGCUCAGGGUCGGUGGACGGGUACGUGUGCGACCCCAGGACAGUGCUGGGUCACUCCGACAGACAGACCUGGAGCAGUCAGAUGGACUUCAUUAUGUCUUGUGUGGGUUUUGCCGUCGGCCUUGGCAACGUCUGGAGAUUCCCCUACCUCUGCUACAAGAACGGAGGAGGUGUGUUCCUGAUCCCUUAUAUCCUGAUGGUGUUUAUUGGGGGCAUUCCAGUAUUCUUCCUGGAAAUUGCAUUGGGUCAGUUCAUGAAACAGGGCGGAGUCUCUGCCUGGAACAUUGCCCCCCUUUUUAAAGGACUCGGCUUGGCGUCCAUGGUAAUUGUGUUUUUCUGUAACACCUAUUACAUCAUGAUCCUGGCAUGGGGCUUGUACUUCCUAGUUCACUCCUUCACUUUCCAUCUACCCUGGGCCUCCUGUAGCCACGAAUGGAACACCCCUAACUGCACAAUCAGCUUCAGCCAGGCCUGCUCCAAUCACUCGCUCCUCACACCCUCUUCUCUCUCAUCCCUGACACUUAACAACUCCUCCCACGACAUCAAUAGCAGCUGCAUGGAGCCUGAAGGCAUGCGCUCACCUGUCAUGGAAUUCUGGGAACGGAAGGUCCUGCGUCUGUCUAGUGGGUUGGAUGACAUGGGUGAGAUCAACGUCCACAUGGUGCUGUGUCUGGUGGCCACCUGGCUCAUAGUGUAUUUCUGCAUCUGGAAGGGCGUCAAGUUCACUGGCAAAGUUGUAUAUUUCACAGCUCUCUUCCCAUAUGUGGUGCUGGUGGUCCUGUUUUUCCAUGGAAUCUCAUUGCCGGGAGCUGUCAGCGGUAUCAUUUACUAUGUGAAACCAGACUGGAGCAAACUGAAAGAUGCACAAGUAUGGAUUGAUGCAGCAACGCAGAUCUUCUACUCUUAUGCUAUUGGACUGGGAGCACUAACAGCCUUGGGGAGCUACAACCGCUUCAACAACAACUGCUACCAGGAUGCGUUUGUUCUGGCUCUGAUCAACAGUGGAACCAGUGUUUUUGCAGGGUUUGUGGUGUUUUCUGUUCUGGGAUUCAUGGCUGCUGAACAAGGUGUUGACAUCAGUAAAGUAGCUGAGAGUGGUCCAGGCCUGGCUUUUAUUGCCUAUCCUAAAGCAGUCACUCUCAUGCCUGUGGCUCCACUGUGGGCUGUGCUGUUUUUCAUCAUGCUGCUGGUCCUGGGACUGGACAGCCAGUUUGUGGGUGUGGAAGGAUUUAUCACGGGGCUGCUGGACAUGCUUCCCCCCAAGUCUUGGAUGAGCUCUGUACGUCGUGAGGUUAUCGUGGCCGUGUGCUGCAUCACCUGUUUUAUCAUCGACCUCUCCAUGGUGACUGAGGGAGGGAUGUAUGUGUUCCAGGUCUUUGACUAUUACUCAGCUAGUGGGAUCACACUCCUGUGGCAGGCAUUCUGGGAGUGUGUGGUGGUGGCAUGGGUGUACGGGGCUGAUCGCUUCAUGGAUGAUGUGGCACGCAUGAUUGGUUAUCGCCCUCAGCCGUAUAUGAAGUGGUGCUGGUCCUACAUCACUCCAUUAGUGUGUAUGGGAGUGUUCCUGUUUCACCUAGUGAACUAUAAACGCCUGGUGUAUAAUGGGGUGUAUGUGUAUCCAUGGUGGGGCGAGAUGGUGGGUUGGGCUCUGGCACUCUCUUCGAUGCUCUGUAUCCCCCUAACCGUCCUUUACAAAAUCUUACACUGCAAAGGUUCCCUCAUAGAGCGCUGGCAGCAUCUCACCACACCCAUUUGGGGGAGACAUCAUCUUGAGUUUCUUCCACCUGAGACAGAAGUCUAACUGCUGCCCGAUAACAAACCAAGCAAAACACAUUACUGUAUACGAGGCGGUCAUCUGAAUCACACACACACACAUACACACACACACACACACACACACACACAAACACAUAUAUGACUAGCAAGCAAAACAUUAUCUGAGCCUUUCCAACCAACCAUAUAUAAACCAUUGCUCCAGUCUGAGAGAAAUCAGUUAUUCUUUUUUUUAAUAAUCUGGACAGAUUUUUGACAUUAAAACACUUAAUAGUGCUUUAUUUAGACUUCUGUUUUUUCAUUCAUGCAGGCAAUUAAUCUAAAAUAACUUAAACAGUAGUAACAAAAAUGACUGAUUUCCCAUAAACAAGGAGAAAUGAUCAAUAUCAUGUUAUUUGUUGAAAAGGCUCAAUUCAUACAUACAUCUCCUGACAUUUUAUCCAAACCAAAAAAAUAAAUCAUAUCCCACUUAUGUUACAAAAAGUCAAACUGUCACUUAUAUAUUCAAGUCAUACUUUCCAGUCUAAACAGUUUAAAUUGUUAGAACACAAUUAAAUCUCACUGACACCUCAAUAAUUAAACACUACGUUGAGCAGGAGCGGAGAACGACCGUCCAGCUAAAGUAUCUGACCUUUCACAACUUCAGCACUUAAAUGUAUGUAUUAAUGUAUGUAUUACAUGAACAAUUUGUAUUAAUUAAUGUAUUAAUUUAUCAUUUCUGUUCAAUCAUCCACUUUUAUUAUUCUUUUAUUAUACCCUCUCUCUCUCUCACUUCUAUGUCACUAUGUUACUUCUGUCAGUGAUAGUGAAGCACAGGCAUAUCAAAGCAGUAUUGUGUAAAGUAAAGGCAAGUUAAACAAUAAAAAGUAGCAAGUAAUUCAUGCA